AUGAAAUUCCUUCAGAGUGACGCUGGAGAUGGAACGCAUGCUAAGGACCAUUAUGUUCAUGGUAUGAGACUAGUGCUCAUCUUGGUCAGCAUAGUCGCUACGCUUUUUAUCCUGGCGCUAGAUCAGACCAUCGUUUCUACAUUGCUUGUGGAUAUUGCCACGCAUUUUGAUUCCUUCAGCCGUGUUGGAUGGCUUACUACAGGCUAUAUGUUGCCCAUGACUUGCUUAGCACCGUCGUACGGAAAGCUUGCCGUGGCGUUUGGCCGUAAGUACACUUUGGCGGCAGCUAUUGUCAUUUUCGAGAUAGGCAGCCUCGUGGCCGCGCUCUCAACCAGUAUGGAUAUGCUCAUUGGUGGGCGUGUCGUGCAAGGAAUUGGUGGCGGCGCCAUCCAGGCCGUCCUGGUGGUGGUUCUACUGGAAACCGUGGCCAUAAACCGUCGAGCGCUAGCCAUGUCGCUCAUAGGUGUCACAUUCACCGUGGCUUCUGUGUGCGGCCCUUUUAUUGGAGGUGCGUUUGCUACACAUGCCACGUGGCGCUGGUGCUUCUACAUCAACUUACCGGUUGGUGGUGCUGCGCUUGCACUCUUGUGGACCGUUUUCCGCCCGCCACCUCCGCAAGGGUCCAUCCGUGCGCAUUUGCGUGAGGUAGACUGGAUCGGUACAUGUCUCGUUGCUGCUGGGCUUGUCUUAGUCUUGCUUGCGCUUACGUGGGGCGGCAUCGAACAUCCGUGGGACCUGGCACAAGUUAUUGUUUGCUUUGUUAUCGGUGGUCUUGUGCUUGUGGUGUGGGCCGCGUGGAACCAGGGCAUACGCCCGCCUGCGCUUGCGUCUAUUCCUGCGCUUCUCGACCCGCGUGUAGUUUUAGUGCCCCAAAUUCUAGCAGCUGCAGCAUCGUCAUCUUUCGCAUUCGCCUUUUUCAUGGGCUUGAUGAACUACUUGGCCAUUUACUUUCAGGUAGUACACAAUGCCAGUGCGUGGCAAUCGGGCGUGGACAUGCUUCCGUUCAUCAUUACCGUUUCUGUCGCUUCAGCACUUAAUGGUGUUUUUAUCCGCUUCACCUAUUUCAUAAAGGUUCCAUUUAUGGCGCUGGCUAUUUUGGGCCCGAUCGGUGUUGGACUCUUACUUCUAUUGGGUCGUCAUGUGCCUCUUGGGAAGCGAAUUGGCCUUCUCAUUCCCGCAGGUAUUUCUGUGGGACUUAUGUUUCAGAGCUCCUUAAUGAGUGCGCAACUAAAAGCACCAGGGCAUGUUCCAGGUUCGAUGAUCACAGCAACAGUCUUCAUCAAUUUCGCUAAGACUUUGGGCGGCGUCAUUGGUGUGGUCACGUCGCAAUUGAUGCUUAUGGAACGAGGCGAGCGCUACUUGAGUGCGGCGCGUGCCUCGUCGCCGGAACUUGCGUCCUCGCUCAAUGCACCUAUUUCAGCCGUCCUUCAGUCCCCCUCUCUCAUCUGGCACUUACCGCCGACUGCACGCGAUAUUGUCUUGGACGAGUUUUUACGUGCCUUGCAUGAUGUCUUUUAUUUAAAUUUGGCCUUUGCGCUGAUGGCGCUUGUGCUCACAAUAUUUUCCACGAAUGAACGCAUUCCUCGUGGCGAUCAGAUCGCAUACAACGACGACGAAGAAAAGGCAGACAAGCUGGACGAAAAAGCUAGCGAACAUGAGGGAGAGUUGCGCGACCACAGAGAACUGCGUCCUCUCACACAGAUCGAGUCGCAACUGAGUGCUUCACCACCCUUGCCCACUCCUACGGCGUCGCCCGAGAAAAUUUUACUCUAG